AAUCUGUACUGUAGUUUAAAGCAAGUUAGUUACUGUCAAGAUUUUCUUUAUUAGGUGUUGUUGUUUGACGAAGCAGAUGAAUUGGAUGCGGGCAAAUCCACAAAUGCUACUUAUAGUAGUUAUGAUGAGCGGUAGUUUCAUAAUUCUGGCACAUUUUAGUUUGUUCAGAAACAAAGUUAUUCAACGUUUUAUGCAUGCCAGUCGAGGUAACAUACAGAAGCAAGUUGUAAUUGAAGAAUCGCCAUACAUAAAACGUAACAAAAUUAUGAAUCGUGAAUCUCUUGCUCGAAUACUUCGCUUGAAUUUUGAACAAAAAAAUGAAACAAAACCCACGUCUAGGAAAUGCCAUGUUGCUUACGCCAAGUUGAAGGGAUAUAUAUCAUUACAUUUAAUGACAGAAGAAACCAACCAAACGACAUCAUCGGGGUUAACAUGGCCGCCAACGUUAAAAUAUCUGGACUUUAUAUACAAGGACUUGGAGCAUGGUGGUGUGUACAAAGGACCCAAGGAAUGUAAAUGUGCAACUAACUUUGCUAUUAUUGUCCCUUUUCGUGACAGAGAACAACAUUUAAGGUUUUUCUUAUUUUACAUCCACCCUCUUCUUCAGCGACAACGAACCUGUUACACAAUUAUUGUGGUUGAGCAAGAUGACGACAAAACUUUCAAUAAAGGGAAAAUGAUGAACAGUGGUUUUCUCUAUGCAAACAGCAUCGGUGAUUUUGAUUGCUAUAUUUUUCACGAUGUCGAUAUGAUUGCAGAGAACGACCGAAAUAUUUACCAAUGCAAAGAGAAAAAAGUUGCGCAUUUAGUCUGGCAAAUGGACAAAUAUGACUAUGAGAUUCCCUACUAUGAUUAUAUCGGUGGUGUGUUGGCAUUUACCAAGGAACAAUUCAUUACAGUGAACGGUUUCUCCACCAUGUACGAGGGAUGGGGAGGUGAAGACGACGAUAUGAUGAAGCGAAUAUGGGCGAAAGGUUACGAACUUUGGAGACCGAGAAAAAAGAACAUCGCCAGAUUCAAAAUGAUUCAUCACAACCACGACAAAAGGAAUCCCCGUAUAGAUGAUUAUCUGAUGCAAGAUUUGUUAUUCUCAGCAAUAAGUCGUCAAGACAGCGAUGGUUUAAAUUCUCUUCAUACAGUUCGCACUGAUGUCAUUAAAUAUCCGAGUCACACCAGAGUAAAAGUUAGAAGUUGAAAAUAAUUUCGUUUUAUUUAUUUUUUCGCAAGUUGAAUUUUCGUUUUUAAUCAAUAAUAAACUCAUUAGUCUCAAA